CGGUAGUGCUCGGCAAUCAACCGACUGAAACGCAUCAUGGUUUCGUCGUGAUUUCGCGCACCUCGUGAAUAACUCGUUCAAUUUUUCUUCCUCACUUUGUUUCAAUCGAAAGUAACUCUAUGGGCGUUUAAGAAAGAGAAGACAAAAGAAAUAUAGACGAACGAGGUGAAAUAAGGAAGGAAAAACACCGACUACCAUACUACUCCUACGACUACGACGACGACGACGUUAUUGAAAACGACAUUGAUCGAAGGAAAAGAAGAAGAAAAACACAUUAUUCUUUAGUGAACAUAUAUACAGUUUUAAAUUAUAUAAAUCAACUAAAAUGAGUACGAUUUUAAAGGCUUUCGGUUUUAUUUCAAGAAAUUCACCAACAGUUACACUAACGACUACGAAAGUAAUGGUAAAUUUGAAUAAAUUGGGUUUACCUGUUAUCGAUGCACAUCAAUUUCAUCACACAUCUAAUAGAACAGCUGCCAAAGUAUCCGAUACAGUAUCUAAACAAUAUCCUCUGGUAGAUCAUAAAUACGAUGCUGUCGUCGUUGGUGCAGGUGGUGCAGGAUUGCGUGCAGCUUAUGGACUUGUCGCUGAAGGUUUUAAAACUGCAGUGGUUACAAAAUUAUUUCCAACUAGAUCACAUACCGUAGCUGCUCAAGGUGGUAUCAACGCUGCUUUGGGUAAUAUGGAAGAAGACAAUUGGCAGUGGCACAUGUAUGACACCGUUAAAGGAUCUGAUUGGCUUGGAGAUCAGGAUGCGAUACAUUAUAUGACACGCGAAGCUCCUAAAGCAGUCAUUGAAUUAGAAAAUUGUGGUAUGCCAUUCAGUCGGACUUCUGACGGAAAAAUAUAUCAACGCGCUUUUGGAGGUCAAUCGUUAAAGUUUGGAAAAGGCGGCCAAGCGCACAGAUGUUGUUGCGUUGCAGAUAGAACAGGCCAUUCCCUGCUACAUACACUCUAUGGACAAUCUUUGAGUUACGAUUGUAAUUACUUCGUCGAAUAUUUUGCAUUGGAUUUACUUAUGGAAGACGGAGAAUGCAGAGGGGUUAUUGCACUUAAUCUAGAGGACGGUACACUGCAUCGUUUCCAUGCUAAAAAUACAGUACUAGCAACGGGGGGUUAUGGACGUGCUUAUUUUUCCUGUACAUCCGCGCACACAUGUACAGGAGAUGGUACAGCAAUGGUAUCAAGAGCUAACCUACCUAAUCAAGAUUUGGAAUUUGUACAGUUCCAUCCGACCGGAAUCUAUGGUGCUGGUUGUCUGAUAACGGAAGGUAGUCGCGGAGAAGGUGGUUAUUUGAUAAACAGCCAAGGUGAAAGAUUUAUGGAACGUUAUGCACCGGUUGCUAAAGAUCUAGCUUCGAGAGACGUAGUCUCUAGGUCAAUGACCAUAGAGAUACGUGAAGGAAGAGGUGUCGGACCGGAAAAAGAUCACAUUUAUUUGCAAUUACAUCAUUUGCCACCUGAACAAUUGGCAGCUAGAUUGCCUGGUAUUUCAGAGACUGCAAUGAUAUUCGCUGGAGUGGAUGUAACACGAGAACCUAUACCUGUUAUACCAACUGUGCAUUAUAAUAUGGGUGGUGUACCAACAAAUUAUAAAGGUCAAGUAUUAACUAGAAAAAAUGAUGAGGACCAAGUAGUACCCGGAUUAUACGCAUGUGGUGAAGCAGCCUCUGCUUCGGUUCACGGGGCUAAUCGACUUGGUGCAAAUUCAUUACUUGAUCUCGUUGUGUUUGGUCGAGCUUGUGCAAAGACAAUUGCGCAAGAAAAUAAACCUGGCGAAACUGUAGGACCAUUGAGAUCCAAUGCCGGCGAAGAGACAGUUGCUAAUUUAGAUUGGCUUAGAAACGCUAAUGGUAAUGUUCCCACGGCAGACUUAAGACUGAGCAUGCAGAAAACUAUGCAAACACACGCCGCAGUAUUUAGAGAUGCACAAACUUUGCAAGAAGGAUGUCGAAAGAUGUCGGAACUUUAUAAAAGGAUGGGCGAUUUGAAACUAUCCGAUAGAUCGCUAAUAUGGAAUUCUGAUUUGGUAGAAACACUGGAGUUACAGAACUUGAUGAUCAAUGCUAUGCAAACAAUAGUGGCCGCAGAGAAUAGAAAAGAAAGUCGAGGAGCUCAUGCUCGUGAAGAUUUCAAAAAUAGAAUCGAUGAAUAUGAUUAUAGUAAACCUUUAGAUAAUCAAAAAGCAAAACCGUUGGAUCAACAUUGGAGAAAACAUACUCUUACAACUAUUAAUCCUAGAACAGGAGAAGUAUCUAUUAACUACAGACCGGUGAUAGAUAACACGCUUAACAAACAGGAAUGCGCUACAGUACCACCAGCAAUUCGUUCCUAUUAGAUCGCUAUUAUUUUUAAUUUAACAUCGAAAUUCACAUCAUUUAAGAAAAGUCGAGAUAUCACAUAUCGCAUAUAAAAAGUACAUUGUUCAUUUUGUCCUUAGUUAAAUAUCAUUGUGUGUUAAUUGGGAUUAAGAAAACAAAUCUUAAAUAAUUUUCUUCACACUCCCUUUACCUACACACAAAAGAACUAAUUAAUUUAUUACAAUAUAAAAACUAUAAUCAUAAUAAUAAUAAUAAUAGAAUGCACCAAAGUAAAUUCUUGUCAAUGUUUACACACUUAGCGGGUGAGAUUAGUUAUCCUUGUAGGAUGUUGGUGCUGAUAUUUCAUUGUUUCAAGAUGAUAAACUGUUUGAUCUCCUACAGAGUCCUGUUUUAUGUUUAUUUAAAGUAAUUAUAGAAAGUAUGAUUUAAAGGGAACGAACAAAAGAAAAAGAAAAAAAAAAAAGAGAGAGAAAAGUAGAAACCUUUUAAGGAA